AUGGAAGGAGAUGCUGCUACUGACUUUCAAGACUGGGAACUCCUAGCCAACUCUGACUCGGACCUCGUUAACUCUCCCAACUCAGUGGCUAAUUCUUCGAGGAGUUUUGAAGGAAUUGAGGCUGGUACGGAAGGUAUGCUCAGGUUAGAUUACUUCUCUCUUGAAAAUGAUAAUAGAUAUGUUAAAACUGCUCAUGAUGCUACUGAAGAAGGUUCUACUGAGUCUGAAAAUCCGAGUUGGGUCGAUCCUGGCUCAGAAACUCGGUUCCAGAGGAGGAAUUCUGGUGAGUUCUGGCCUGAUUCGGGUAGUGAUCGAUCUGAUGAUCGCAAAUUAGGUGACUUUGAUUUGAAAAAUGAAUUGGGUUUUGUGGAAAGUGAAAGGACUGGUGUGGGUUUUGAGGGAAUUGGAGAAAUUGAGGCUAAAGAAGGGAAGUUUGAGUCACUUGAGGGUGAAGCUAGCAACUUUGAAGGGAAAAGUGAAAUGGGUUUUGAAGAGAAUGUGAAGGCUCAAGUGGGUUUCGAAGGAUUUGGGGAGACUCAAAGUAAGGAUAACGAAUUCCUUAAGUUCUGGUCUGAUUCUGGUGGUGAUGAUUUGGUUUUUGGUGAUGUUGGAAGGGAUCAAGGUGGGUCCGAGAUUUCGGGUGAAUCCGAAGGUGAAAAUGUGUCGAAAGAGGUGAAUUUGAGUGUUGUUGCUGCAGGAGAAACGAAGCCUGGUGAUGAAGUGGAGAAGAGGAAGAUCGUUUGGUGGAAGGUUCCUUUUGAGGUGAUGAGGUAUUGUGUUUUCAGGUUUAGUCCUGUUUGGUCUGUCUCUGUGGCUGCAGCAGUUAUGGGAUUUGUUAUCUUGGGACGGAGAUUGUACAAGAUGAAGCGCAAGACAAAGAGCUUGCAGCUUAAGGUUACCGUCGAUGAUAAGAAGGUGUCACAGUUCACGACUCGUGCUGCACGUCUAAACGAAGCAUUUUCAGUUGUGAGAAGGGUUCCCAUUGUACGACCCUUAUUGCCAGCAGCUGGGGUGAAUCCAUGGCCUGUGAUGAGUUUGAGAUAG